AUGCCGUCGCCAUUCAAAAAGUCGAAGUCGUUGGCGACGCAACCUCCGCCAAGUCUUCCGCCAAAUAAACCACCUCCGCCGAUUACUGAGCCUUUCAGCCCAGGUGGAUUUAGACGACCGCGACCUCUCUCAAUCGGACGGCUCAGUUCCACCACUAACGGGAGUAUUGGCCUUGGAAUCUCUCUUACUCAAUCCCCAGGAAGCUUGACACGAGUUGAUGAAGGGGAAGGAAGUGAACAUGGAAAAUCCGACGACUACUUCAAAGACUAUCAGAACCGUUCUACCACCCAAAAGAGCUCAGGUCUGCGACCAAGUGGACGCGAUCUCAGUCGAGUCGAUACGAGAUUGACGAUAUACGAAGCGACCAAGCAAUGGACGGAAGAGACGACGCAGUGGACCAAAGUAUACGGGCAGUGGAUCGAAGAGUCCAAAACACCUACGUCAAUCGAGGCGCAGCUUGGUAGGACGGCCGGAUGGGUAAAUGAGGUGGAAUUGGAAGGAGAAGAAAAUGAGAUCGCUACACCCGAAGACCUUCAACGAAAAUUGAACGCACCAAGACCCCCUCUCCCUCCAGGAACUCCAGCCAACAUCGAUCAAUUCAUCCACGAGCAACUCGAGGAAAAUUAUCUCGGUCAAGCAAACACCUUUGUACGCGCAGCCAAGAGCCGCAGCAUCAACAGCCCUCGCCCUCGCUCUGCCGUUCGAUCCUUUAGUGUUCCGGCAAUUACCCGGUCACUUUCAGAGCCAACCGACAGCAGUUGUUCACCAACCCAACUCCGUUCUGCAACCUCAUUCUACACCCCAACAAAAAUAGCCACAGCUCGAGGAUACAGGACUGCCAGUGUUCCUGCUCGACAGCGAAAAGUAUCAGCACACAAACAUCUCACCAUCGAACCCGCCCCAGAAUCAACUCCCGUGCGAGAAGGAACCGUGCUUUGCGAGACAUACGGAGAGACAGCGUCAGGAGCAGUAGGAACACCUGUCCACGCAACCUACGGCCACCGACUUCACAAAGUUCCAUCUGGAGCUAAUAUAUCCAUCACCAAACGACGUUCACGAAGGCAGUUGAAAGACGUUGUGCGAGGUCCUCUAUAUUUUACAGAAUCCGAACGUCAAGCCAUCGCUGAGCUAGUACUUGCCAACCUCAAACCGUGCGAGCAUCACGUCAACUGUACAGAUUGCACCGAUAUCCGAUACGCUCUUUUCGAAAACAAAGCCAUGCCUACCUCAAUGCCACCAGAGGAGCGACAGAAGAUUAUCAACAACAACAGGUCGUUGAGGAAUAUCAAGAAUGCAAGUCUCGAGCUUGAGAACCUCGCAGAACACGGCGCCAUCAGCGAUGAUGCAUACGACACCAUCCUCCGAUCCCUCCCAGAGGAAACCUCUCUCAACGGAGCCGCAAGAUCCAACCCCGCACCAUCCCCUUCACCCGUCCCUACCAACGCAUUCGCCAACAUGAAGGUGAAUAACGACCCACCACCACCAGCCUACAACACCCAAGGACCUCCCGCCCUCCCUAGCCGCACAAAUUCCAAACCAGAACUUGCGCGUGUCACCGCACUGUACAGAUACAUCGAGCCCCAAGACUGCGCCUUUGAAGUUGGCGACGAGAUCUCCGUCACCGAAAAGACCAAUGCAGAUUGGUGGUGGGGAACCAACCUCCGCACUGGAAAGGAGGGCGUCUUCCCAGUCAACUACGUACAAGUCCAAACCAACCCAUCGCAUAAUGAGAAAUCAGGCUGGGGAAAUGAGAAAGCACAACCCUACCAAGCACCAGCACCAUACCAACAACCGUAUCAAGCCGGUCCUCCUCCACCAGGUCCAAGUAAUCCUUACAACGCCGCCGUCCCACCGAUGGCUGUCGCUGAGACCCCUAGUGAGCCCGGAAAGCCUGGAAAGGGACAAGAAAUGGGUAAGAAAUUCGGAAAGAAGUUGGGCAAUGCUGCUAUUUUCGGUGCCGGUGCGACGAUUGGUGGAAAUAUCGUUAAUAGCAUCUUUUAG